GUACCAACUGGAAACUCUGCGAAUACUUAGAAAAAUAAAAAUAAAAUUUUACCAUUUCUCUCCUUUUAUUAGCCACCACCGGCGAUCUCCAGUUCUGGAAUCAACUGCUGGUUAUUUAUUUAAAUAUUCAAAUUCCGCAGAUCUGGUGAUUUGUACAUUAAGAAUUGGUGGAGUAUUGUUGUAAUUAAUUUAAUUUAAUUGUGCGGUUGGAUCAGCUAUGCCGGUGGCUGCUUCUGCUAUCUAUUUCUUAAAUCUUCGCGGCGAUGUCCUCAUCAAUCGUCUCUAUCGCGACGAUGUCGGUGGAAAUAUGGUGGAUGCAUUCCGAGUUCAUAUUAUGCAAACAAAAGAACUUGGCACCUGUCCGGUGCGACAGAUUGGGGGUUGCUCUUUCUUUUAUAUGAGAAUCAGCAAUGUGUAUAUUGUGAUUGUCGUCAGCAGCAAUGCUAAUGUGGCUUGUGCAUUUAAGUUUGUUGUUGAGGCUGUUGCAUUGUUCAAAUCAUACUUUGGUGGGUCUUUUGAUGAAGAUGCUAUCAGAAAUAAUUUUGUCCUGAUUUAUGAGUUGCUAGAUGAAAUCAUGGACUUCGGCUACCCACAAAAUCUUUCUCCUGAGAUUUUGAAGCUGUAUAUUACUCAAGAAGGAGUGCGUUCACCAUUUUCAUCUAAGCCUACAGAUAAACCUGUACCUAAUGCAACAUUACAAGUCACCGGUGCUGUUGGCUGGCGGAGAGAGGGCCUUGCUUACAAAAAGAAUGAGGUAUUUCUGGAUAUUGUGGAAAGUGUAAAUCUUCUCAUGUCUUCAAAAGGUAGUGUCUUGCGUUGUGAUGUAACGGGGAAGAUUCUUAUGAAAUGCUUCCUUUCGGGCAUGCCUGAUUUGAAGCUGGGAUUGAAUGAUAAAAUUGGCCUUGAGAAAGAAUCACAACUCAAAUCCCGUCCAGCUAAAAGUGGUAAAACAAUUGAGCUGGAUGAUGUUACUUUUCAUCAAUGUGUAAAUUUGACCAGAUUCAACUCAGAAAAGACCGUUAGUUUUGUCCCACCUGAUGGUGAAUUUGAAUUGAUGAAGUAUCGUAUAACUGAAGGAGUUAAUCUGCCGUUUAGGGUAUUGCCAACAAUUAAGGAACUUGGUCGAACACGCAUGGAAGUGAAUGUUAAGGUAAAGAGUGUUUUUGGUGCAAAAAUGUUUGCACUUGGAGUUGUCAUUAAAAUUCCGGUUCCUAAACAAACUGCCAAAACAAGCUUCCAAGUGACAUCAGGUCGUGCCAAGUACAAUGCUGCGAUUGAUUGCUUGGUCUGGAAGAUAAGGAAGUUUCCUGGACAAACUGAGCCAACCUUGAGUGCGGAAAUUGAGUUGAUUUCUACAAUGGCUGAAAAGAAAUCUUGGACACGUCCACCAAUUCAGAUGGAGUUCCAGGUCCCGAUGUUCACAGCAUCUGGUUUACGAGUUCGUUUUCUUAAGGUGUGGGAGAAGAGUGGUUAUAACACAGUCGAAUGGGUCCGUUACAUUACUAAAGCAGGGUCAUAUGAGAUUAGGUGCUAAAAACAAGGAAAUGCUGUUCCGGAAAAAGUUGCAAGGAAAUGUAGAGACGAAUUAGUUUGCAAAGGAACCCCCGCAUAAGAAUUUCACAUUGUUCAGAAGAAAGUAUGCGGCUGGGUUUCUUCCUGUGUUGAUUCUUUAUAUGUUUGGGGGUUGAUGUUGGUUGUGCUGUGUAAUGGCUAGCCCCCCCGCAUAGAAACAGAUUUUUUUUUUUCAUAUAUGUUUUUCUUUCAGUUAAUAACUGCAUUUUUCCUUAGCUUUUGAUUUUUUUUCCGUUUUGUUUUCUAUGAUUAGAAUGUAUUUGAAUCUUAGUUAUCUAAAGGAGAUGGUUAGUUGUCUUUA